AUGCCCUCAGUUUAUGGCCACAUGGUCCAUGUGACAGGACCAACCUCAAUAUUAGCUGCACAUGGCGAAGAUUGGAAGCGACUUCGCAAACGUUUCAACCCUGGAUUUGCACCUCAGCACCUAUUGUCAUUUCUCCCCUGUAUUAUAGAAAAGUCUUUCAUAUUCCUUGAUCAUCUGGACAAAUUUGCACACAAUAGACAAUCAUUCUCUUUCAGCAAUCUUACAGGGAAUUUGGUCUUUGAUAUCAUCAGCGGCGUGGUCAUGGAUAUCGACUUCGGCGCUCAGAAUGAAGAUCGGGCAGGAGAGUUUAUGCAGACCUACCGCGACUUAUUCGAAACGUACACAAGUGAGCAAAUGGACCUUCCGUGGUUCCUCACGCCACGUGUGGAAUGGAAACGUCAGAAGCUCGCAAAACGUGUGAGAGCCACGUUGAAAGGUAUUGUCCGUGACACAUUUGCUAACCGGCGGGCCGAAACUACUAAAUCUCGGAGCAUCUUAUCGCUGAGUUUACAGGAUGAUGUUAAUACGUUAACUGCAAAAGCAAUUAGCGAAGCUUGUGAUCAGCUUAGCACUUUCUUGUUUGCGGGACAUGACACAACUAGUAUCUUACUCUCAUGGCUAUUUUAUGAGUUAUCGCGGACGCCGCAUGCUCUGCAAGCUUUACGGGCUGAGUUAGAUGGUUUUUUCGGUCCGGACUCAGACCCUUCCGGAGUGCGUGAGAAACUACUCUCAGACGAAGGUAGAGACAUUUUACAACCCCGCUCAGUGCAACCCGGAACAGGCAUUACGGUACAUACACCACAAGGAGGGUACACCUUAGACGGAGUAGACGUCUAUAACUGCGCUAUCAUGAUCCAGCGGGACCCGGAGGUGUUCGGAGAGACCGCAAAUGAUUUUGUACCUGAGCGCUGGCUUCCUGAAGCAGUAGACCAGAUCCCUACGUCGGCUUGGCGACCCUUUGAGAAGGGCCCGCGGAAUUGUAUAGGCCAGGAGUUGGUUUGGAUUGAGGCGCGUAUUGUGGUGGCACUUGUUGCGCGCCGGUAUGAUUUUGUCAAGGUUGGGAUUGGUGAGUUAAGCCUUGACGAUAAUGACACGGCAAGUAACUCCGAAGCCCAUCGAUGGCAUGGUAAUGCGGGUGAGAAUUAA